AUGGGGAUCAAAAAUUUCUUUAAAGUUAAACCACCAUCAGAAGAAGAUGUUGAUAAAAAAGUUAGAGAUGAAAUGAAUGAAUUUGGUAUACCCAUUAAAUCCAGUAAAAAGAAACCACAAUUAUUUUCUGCUUAUAAUAAUUUUGCAAAUGAUAAAAGUGAAAAAAAAAUUUAUGCUCCAAAAGGUUAUGAAGAUCAUGCUUUAAAUAAUAGAGGUGAAAAAGUUAUAAUACCAGGUCAACAAGAUGGUAAUAAUGGUCCUUAUGAUGAUGUUCAACCUCAAGGUCAAUCUCAAGGUCAAAGUCAAGGUCCUUCAAGUUCAAGUUCAAAUCCUUAUUCUACAUUAAAUUCAACAAAUAGUUAUGGUUCAAAUAAUUCUAAUCCUUAUGGUCAAUCAACUGCUAUUUCAUCAAACCCAUAUGCUCAAUCAUCCGCUGCAUCUUCAUCAAACCCAUAUGCUCAACAAUCUGCUGGUUCUUCAAACCCAUAUGCUUCUCAAAGAGGUCAAAGUUAUGAUCAAGGUUCAAUAAGAAGUUCAAGAACUCAACAAGGUCAAUCAUAUGGUAAUAAACCACAACCUAAUCCUUAUUCAUCAAAAUCAAGUUUAUCAAAACAACAAUCUUAUGUAGGUAAUUCAAAUCAAACUGCAUUAGAUGAAGAAGAUUUAAAUGAAAUUCCUGAUAAUUCUUCAACAAGACCACCAAGUUAUAGACAACAACAAAUGGAACAUCCAAGAGAUCAACAAUUUGAUUUUGAAGAUUUGAAUCAAGUCCCUGAAGAAGAAGAAGAUUUAAAUCAAUAUGGUGAUCAAGAAUUAGAACAAGAACAACAAUUAUCACCUGAAGAAUUGGAAGAAUUAGAAAAACAAAGACAAGAAGAUGAAGAAGUUGAAGGUAUUAAAAAUCAAAUGAGAUUUAUCAAACAAGAUUCAGUGGCUUCAACAAGAAAUACUCUUAGAAUGGCUCGUGAAGCUGAAGAAUCUGGUAAAAAUACAAUGGGGAUGUUGGGUAAUCAAAGUGAAACAAUGUAUAAUAUUGAAAGAAAUUUAGAUUUAGCUAAGACUCAAGAUAAAAUAGCUAAAGAAAAAGUUGCAGAAUUAAAACAUUAUAAUAGAAAUAUUUUAAAACCUUCAGUUCAAAAUCCUUUUACAAAAUCAAGAAGAUUAAGAGAAAAAGAAGAAAAAAUUAAAAAUGAUCGUUUACAAUCAAAAUUAAUUCAAGAUCAACAAAGAAGAGAAUUAUCCCAAUCAACAAAUCGUAUUAAAAAUUCAUUAAAUGAUGGUGAAAACCCAGCAGAUUCAAUAACAUCAAAAUAUAAACGUGAAAAAUAUUUAAAUCAAGCAAAACAAUAUCAAUUUGAAGCAGAUUCUGAAGAUGAUGAAAUGGAAAAUGAAAUUGGUGAAAAUGUUGAUGAAAUUGGUAAAAUUGCAGGAAGAUUAAAAAAAUUAGCAAUGAAUCAAGGUGAAGAAAUUGAUAGACAAAAUUAUAGAUUAAGAAAUGUUGAAGAAGAAAUGAAUGAUUUAGAUAUUAAUGUUCAUCUGAAUACAACAAGAUUAGCUGGAACAAGAUAA